CUACCUGAACGCAGCAGUCCACCGCAGCUGAACGGUGAAUGUACACAUUCAACAUGGCCGCUGCGAUGGACGACGAGUUUGAAGACGCGCCUGAUGUCGAGCCUUUAGAACCGACUCUGAAGAAUAUAAUCGAGCAGAAAUCCCUGAAAUGGAUCUUCGUGGGAGGGAAAGGUGGUGUCGGUAAAACUACGUGUAGCUGUAGUUUGGCUGUCCAGCUGGCUGCGGUCAGGGAGAGUGUCCUCAUCAUAUCCACAGAUCCUGCCCACAACAUCUCUGAUGCUUUUGACCAGAAAUUCUCGAAGGUGCCUACAAAAGUCAAGGGCUAUGACAACCUCUUUGCGAUGGAGAUUGACCCGAGCCUGGGCGUCGCAGAACUGCCCGAUGAAUUCUUUGAGGAGGACAACAUGCUCAGCAUGGGAAAGAAAAUGAUGCAGGAAGCUAUGAGUGCUUUCCCUGGCAUUGAUGAGGCUAUGAGCUAUGCAGAGGUCAUGAGGUUGGUGAAAGGAAUGAAUUUCUCAGUUGUGGUCUUUGACACUGCACCCACUGGCCACACACUGCGUCUGCUCAACUUCCCAACCAUCGUGGAGCGAGGGCUGGGUCGCCUCAUGAAAAUUAAGAAUCAGAUCAGCCCCUUCAUCUCUCAGAUGUGCAACAUGCUUGGUCUGGGUGACAUGAACGCAGACCAGCUGGCAUCCAAACUGGAGGAAACGCUACCAGUCAUUCGCUCUGUUAGUGAGCAGUUCAAAGAUCCAGAACAGACCACCUUCAUCUGUGUUUGCAUCGCUGAGUUCCUGUCGCUCUAUGAGACGGAGCGGCUGAUCCAGGAACUAGCCAAGUGUCGCAUCGACACGCACAACAUAAUUGUCAACCAGCUGGUUUUCCCCGACGUAGACAAACCUUGUAAAAUGUGUGAAGCCCGUCACAAAAUUCAGUCCAAAUAUUUAGACCAGAUGGAGGAUCUUUAUGAAGAUUUCCACAUAGUGAAGUUACCGCUGCUGCCUCAUGAAGUUCGAGGCGCAGACAAGGUCAACACAUUCUCAAAGCAGCUUCUGGAACCAUACAAACCACCAAACAAGUGAUUUCCCACUUGUAGGACCUCUUCUUAUCUGCCCCUCCGCUCCUUACACUUUGUCUGUAGACGAAACAUGUCAACAGUCCGAUCGCGCCUACUCUGAGUUUUCCCAACCCAACCGGUCUUGCAUCCUGCAGCAACAGCCUCAUAAUGAUCCGCUCUGUUCUCUGAUGCAGAACAUUGCUACAUCAAGACACACACUCAUUCCCAAACUGAAGGAGAGCUGAUGAGAACACACACACACACACACACACACACACACACACACAACCUGCUGUAUUGUGGUGUGAGACUGUGCAUAUAAGCAGUCUCAGCUCUGAGUUUAUUCUCUCAUGUGUUCAUAUCCUUUGUGGCAGUUGUUCUAGUCUUACUGCGAUCAACUCGGCCUCAACAGAACAACCCAGUAUCUCGUGGCAGUGUACAGCCCCGGUUCUAACCGUUUCCUGUGACACCUCUGUGCGUUUAGCAGACUUCAGAUGGUUGAUGUCAACACCUCGAUUUGUAUGUGUGAUUCGGUGCUUGUAUCUUUUCUCCAGUUUUGAGGUUUUGGCUGAAAUUGCAACAAAAUUCUUUCGCAUAUUUUUCUCUCAUCUUGACUAUUACGACGUCAGAGUUAAAUGGCAAGGCCCUGGAACAAAUAAAAAGAAGAUAAAUGUUAUUUUUUGUUUGUAUUUCUUCAAUAGUGAAAGUCUAAGAAUGCUUCAUUUACUGCUUGGCAUCAUCCAAUCCUUAGUAAUGCAAGAUUAAGUUUAAGAUUCAAGUCUGUAUGUUUUAUAAGACCAAAUGUUGACAUUUCAGUGAGUUGAAGCUGAAAAAGUAACAUCAGUUUUUCCCUACAAACCCAUAAAACUCAUCCAGACGCUUCUCUCAAUCAUUGUUUAUGAUUUUGGGAUCAUUAAGGAAGGGGAUAUUUAUCCUUAUUUAGUCAUUUAAAAUAUAAGCUAAAUGUGUCACUGAAGUUCUGAGCUGAUGAUUGUAAGCGUCCUUGCGCUGAAUGAAAUAAAGGCUCUGGUUUGAUUAAAGCUUCCCCAACAGGAAUAUGCAGGUAUUUAAAAGGUCAAUACUUCCUCCUGUCAAUGCUUCAUUUCUUUUUCUCUGUCAUUGAAUGCUUCAAAAAUCUGUUUUCUAUAGAUUUUAUUUAAAUUAUAUUCCAGUUGUGAAUUAAAACAUUUUCUUCAACUAAA